UUUGCAGCUGAAAGAUUAGGCAUCUGUGACUGGGAUUGUGGAUAUACAGCAACAGUUGAAGAGGAACUGAUCUGGACAUAAUUAAGAAACGAAAGGAUUAAGAUUUUCUUUGGUUGUUUACUCCUGUACAAACCAUGGCUUUGUUAAUUUUCUCACCGAGUGCACUGGGUGUGUGAUAUCUCGUUGCAAUUGCAUUUUCAGUCCCCAGUAAUAUACAUCUGUUUUUCAGUUCCAGCAAAAUGCAGAAGCAAGUGGAAGUCAGGAUGAGCGAGAGCCACAUCGAACCAAUCGUGGAGACUCCUGAGAAUCCCUGUAACACUUUCUGUGAAAAGAUAAUGAAGAACAUGGUCCUUACACUCACAAUCCUAGGUGUGUUUCUUGGUUCCAUUGCCGGAAUGCUCUUGCGGCACAUAUCACCUCUCCCUGCUGACGUUAUAAUGAUCAUUGCCUUCCCUGGGGAGAUCUUAAUGAGGAUGCUGAAAAUGCUUAUUUUACCUCUUGUGGUUUCCAGUCUGGUUACAGGACUUGCCGGUUUGGACGCCAAAUCGAGUGGUCGCUUGGGCUCCAGAGCAAUGGUGUACUACAUGUCAACAACAGUCAUCGCCGCUGUCCUGGGAGUAAUCCUUGUGCUGCUUAUCCAUCCUGGGAAUCCUAAACUGAGGGCUAACCUCGGAAUAGGAAAGAAGAAUGACGAAGUUUCCAGCGUUGACGCUUUGUUUGACCUCAUUCGAAACCUUUUCCCGGAGAAUCUGGUACAGGCCUGCUUCCAGCAGAUUCAGACAGUAACAACUAAAGUACCAGUACCAACCAACAGGACUAGAGCACCUCCGCAGUUCACAGUUAAGAGGUCGCUGCAGUUCAAAAGUGGGAUGAAUGUCCUGGGUUUGAUUGGAUUUUUUGUGAGUUUCGGAGUCAUUAUGGGGAAAAUGGGAGAGAAGGCCAAGCUAAUGUUGGAGUUUUUCAACGUUCUGAAUGAGAUUAUUAUGAAGAUUGUGAGCGCAAUUAUGUGGUAUUCUCCUGUCGGUAUUGCCUGCCUUAUCUGUGGAAAGAUCAUCUCCAUUGCUGACUUGGAGAUGGUUGCAAAGCAGUUGGGGAUGUACAUGGUGACUGUGAUAGUAGGCCUCAUCAUUCAUGGAGGAAUUUUCCUUCCACUAAUCUAUUUUGUGAUAGUAAGGAAAAAUCCCUUCACGUUCUUUAUGGGAAUAUUCCAGGCUUGGGUCACGGCUCUUGGAACAGCAUCCAGUGCCGGUACAUUGCCUGUGACAUUCAGGUGCUUGGAGGACAACCUGGGCAUUGACAAGAGAGUCACUCGCUUCGUCCUCCCUGUUGGUGCUACCAUCAACAUGGAUGGCACAGCCCUCUACGAGGCUGUGGCUGCCAUCUUCAUUGCUCAGAUGAAUGGGAUUGAGCUGGAUUGGGGCCAGAUAGUCACUGUCAGUAUGACAGCUACCUUGGCCAGUGUUGGAGCAGCCAGCAUUCCCAGUGCUGGACUUGUGACCAUGCUCCUGAUCCUGACGGCGGUGGGGUUGCCCACACAGGACAUCAGCCUCUUGGUUGCUGUCGACUGGCUUCUCGAUCGUUUCCGUACCUCAGUCAAUGUGGUAGGGGACUCCUAUGGAGCAGGUAUUGUGUACCACCUUUCCAAGGAUGAACUGGACACAUUUGAUGCCCAACAGUGUCGGAUGGAUGACUUUGAGAUGGCAAAGACACAAUCCUUCUUUGAAAACAACACCAACCAGAAUGUAUAUGCUCACCACAACUCAAUCUUGAUAAACGACUGCAAGGUUACUAACGGCAAAAAUGGCAAGACUCAAGAGUUUUCUCUUAUUGAGGAGGAACCGUGGAACUUUGGGUAAACAUGUUCAACACCUUACCCCCUGGGUUUCGCCAGAAUUACGUUUCUGUGGAAGUGGCUAUACAAACACUAAGAAAAUGUACACACAGAAAGUGAACUAAUUCAACAGAGGAUGGGUACUCUACUGCAAGAACAAACUUUCUGCACGUCUUUGAGAGAAAUCUGUUAACCUUCUGAGCGGACACUGAAGGAUUUCUUGUAUUAGCACCUUGUAUUUGGUCAUGCAUCUGCACAAACUGUUUUGAACUUGUGCAUUUCAUGCAACUCUGCAAACAAAUUAAACAACCACUCUCAGGGCCUUAAAUGUGGCUUCCUUCUGUCUUGUCAAGAAAAAACACCAAUUUUUAUUCUGCAUCUCAUUUUUCUUGCAUCAAUUUUUUUUUCUUUUUCUCAGGCUUGAGAAUAAAAGCAAUACAGGUGUCGGAACAAUGACCUUGCCAGUAAAAUUUAUAACAAGGGUGAGAAAAAAAAAUACAUUGAACGUUUAAAUUCUAUAAGGGCUAAAGGUAGGAUUUCUGGUAUGCUAUCUUGUACUUAAACGUUAAACCAAAGGUUAACAAAACUUUAAAAAGGACAAACUGAAUGAAACAGUUUAAAGUGCAGGGACCUUUGACUGUGAUUUAUAGGAUUAUACCUGGAUGUCACACACGUUCAAAGCCUAAGUGGAAAAGCUUAGGACUUAGAGGGAGUGGCUUCUAAAAGUGGCAACGAACAGUACAGAAUGUGAUGCAGAGGGUAAAUCUCAAAACGAGUGCAUUAAGGAUGCCCUCUUUAAUCAUUUAUUUAUCUAGAUCUUUGUUGUAUGUACGCUCUUUAUAAGCAAAGGCACCAAGAGUCUGUAUGGCUGUGCUCAUGAAAUGAUCUGUGAUCAUGUUCCUGGGAGGAAUGCAGGAUGGAGAAGGCUGGUGGAUCAGUGAGAUAAAUCUAAAAGGCUCGUCUCUGAAAACUCUCAG